AUGCUUGCAGAUCAUGACAACCCUGGAUUUAAAGACUUGAAUGUGGUUAUCCAUGAAAUGGGACAUGAAUUUAAGAAAGAUGAUCCAAGGGCAAAUACUGAUAUGGCUAUCAAGUAUAUUUAUUAUGCACUGGCAGCUCAAUUGUUUAUUUUGUCAAAACUUCUUAAAAAAGCUAAAGCUCAAGGAGAGUUUUUAGAGUCAAGAAAAAGACCAUUGUAUACAAUUUUACUUUGUUCAAUUGAAUGGCUUUAUAUGAAUAAUGUUGGUGUCACCAUGUCUGUGAUAGGAUUAAAAGUGGAAGCCAUUGAGAAGAGUUCAG